CGCCGAACGCGAAUCAGUUGAGUUUCGAGUUUCGCCGAGGCCAGUCACGACACGACACGACGGAGACCUGGAGCCCGCUGGAAGUGUUCGCGCGCGCGUUCGAACCGGAAACACAGCAAGAAUAGCAACAGCAACAACAACAUUAACAGCAAUAUACUAACAACAACAGCAACAGCAACCUAGUACUACGGCAACAGUCUCUCAAGAAAGCCCAUCAACUCAAGCGGCUGGCCGUGCAUCGGAUCAGGUCGAAUCGAGUGUGGGAGCAGCAGCAGCAGAAGUUGGAAGCAGCUGUGGAAACGACGAACCAAGCUUCCCUGCUACAGCUGGAAGGAAGAGAGAAGAAUUUAUGUGAUUUUGGGUUUUAUUUUGCUCGUGCUUUAUGUACAUUGAAUCCCGUCCCGUCCCGUGUCCCCGAUUGCCGUUCAAAGUUUUUUUUUUGGAAAUUCGGUCAAAGAACGAUUGUGAAGGUUGCCCCGUCGCAAAGUUCGUUGAACAUUGCCGUACGGAAACUUGAUCAAGAAUAGGCGCGAGAAGAAAGGUGAACUUCUGCGCUGCAAGUUUUGUUGAACAAGUUUUGUGUGCCGCGACUCAAAGUGUUUGACCUAUAUAUGUGGAAAUCUUCAGCGUUGAAACCAUCGCCGCCAACCAACCGAGUGUAGAAGAGUGUGUUCUCAAAGGGACCGUCAGCUUUAGUGGUAACGUUGGAGUGCAGCAGCAUCAGCUGGAGUUUGAGUAGCAAAAAGCCGGAAGAAGCCGUCCGGUGAACGCAGCCGAUAUUGGUGGUGACCUGCGUCCAAAAAGAACGAAAAGUUAAUCACUGCGUGUCAACAUCCAUCCAGUGCGAUGCUUAUUGAAACAAAUUUCUGACCGGCGACGAAACCGAUAGCAAGUCAGACUGAAAUUGCUGACAGGUUGCGAAAAAGCACGGAAAAGGUCACAGAACAGAGAAACCCGGAGGAACCGUCCCGCGGCGUGGAAUUGGUAAUGCGCGAGCUAGAGUGUCAAGUUUUUAAUUGAAAAAGUCAAUGUGACAAGUCGUCCGCACCGAUCGUAGUGAGUGAGAAGCUCGACAACCGUCGUCGAGAUUUUAACUCCACGUGGGCAGCAGCAGCGUGGGAGGAGGGAAAAAAUCACUUUCGACAGCGACCCGGUGCUGAGUAGUGGGAAAUUUCCAUCACAAAGAAAGCUUCUUGAAGUCUGAAGCGGAAAAGAUAGUGAAGAAAGUUGGCCACAGCUAGGAAAAGCGUUGGGGGCGGUAGUGUGCGGGGGUAGUUUCCGCGAGGGGGCGGUCCUGUUGCCGCAGUGUGCCGCGAACGAAUCAAAGGUGUCCGAUACCGACGAGAGUCCGGCCGGAACGGAUCACCAGCAGGCCACCCGAUGUAGUGAUAAUCGGCCACCGCCAAUCUCGCCGUCGUCGUCGUCGUCGCCGUCACCGAUGGCAGCUAUUGAUUCAGCCUCAUCGUGGCAUGGAGGUGGAAACUGUCGUAACCAAUGUGCCACCCGGAUUGCCGACCUUGCCAGGCACCAACCGCUCGACAUGGACGGGCCAGCACUAGCGCACAACAACAAGCUGCCUCCCGUUGAGAGUGCAACCGUCGUCGUCGUCGAUGAUAGCCUUGGACCGGACGACAGCCUGGACCGGAAGUUCCUAAACAACAACAACUCGCCGAGCAUGAAGUGCUUGCAGUACAUCACUCCGCCACCUGCUGACCCUCCACAACCGCCGGCGCUCCUGUUUGACUACGUGGUCGAGAAGAGUGUCCAACAGCAGCAGCAGCAGCAGCACAAUCUCCUAGAUAGCGAAAUAAAACGACUGGAAAACGUUAGCUUUAAUUGCAAUAGUGACGAGCAGUCCGCGAAUAGUCAAGUAGAUGUUCAAGUAGCACCAACCAAUUCCCCUAGCAUUAAAAGUCGGCCAGUAGAAGAGGAGCAAAAGCAGGAGCAGGUUGGACCGCCGAAAACAGGUACCACCGCCGCGUCGGAACGAUCCGUCAAUUUGAAUGUUACCAAUGCCUCAACUAACCAACCAACCAACAACAGCGACCAACAUACAACGAACCACCUGACGAAUGUACCAGCUAAUAACCCAUUGAAAACCAUCAGUAUUAAUAACCAUUGCAAGUCGUCGUCUACUAACCAUCCCAUCAUCAUCUCACCUGCUCAGAGCAACGACGGAAUGUCCGCGCCUUCCGUAACCAUGUGUGAUACGCGUCAUCCAAACAAAAUUAAGCCACCACCUUUGCCUUCAAUAACCACAACCAUAACCAACGAAAGCCCCGCAACCCAAACCAAACCAACCAACGAAUCGCCAAAAUCCCCGGGAGGAACGUCAUCGUUGGCCGCCGCUGCUGCCGUCGCGAUGGUCGUCACCGCUUCCGCCGCCGCCGCAUCAGCUUCAGCCGCCGCAGCCGCCCAAGCAUGCUCAAGCAAACCACCCAUCCACACUAACACCCCGUACCACCAUCCCCAUCACCCGCCACGUGUCCCGCACGUGUACCACCAUCCCCACAAUCCGACCGCCUCCCACAGCAUCCGGUUCAUGACCCAGCACAUUAAAAUCUUACCCAAAACUCAAUCCCUAGAUCUGGUAGAUAACGACGAUCUGCUGGAGGCCACAAACCGGAGCGAGUCCCAGCUGGACAUCCACUCGGUCGGGUUGGCCGCGGCCGGCGUCGCCUUUCGGGGCCGGGUGCUGCCGAAGCUGCAAACGCUGGACCAAACGCGACCAAUCUAUCCGAACGUGCCGUACAGUCCGUACAACAGCCCGUACGGUAGUCCGCGGAGUGGCCGCCGCCGGACACCGUUGCGCGAGUCCCGCCGGGUGUCCAUCGAGCAGACGGGCAGCUUUCUGCAGCUCAACCAGUACAAACUGCUGGAUCAAAUUGGCCAGGGUUCCUACGGCUUGGUGAAGCUUGCCUACUCGGAGGAGGACUCCACCCACUACGCCAUGAAGAUACUAUCCAAGCGUAAGCUGCUUCGGAAGGCGGGUCUGAUGCGGCGCGGACCGAAGCGAGGCACGUCACCGCUGGAUCGAGUCUACCGUGAAAUCGCUGUUCUGAAGAAGUUGGAUCAUCCCAACGUCGUCAAGCUCGUUGAAGUGUUGGACGAUCCGCUGGAAGACUCGCUAUACCUCGUGUUCGAGCUGGUACAGCACGGCGAAGUCCUCAGCAUUCCGACCGACAGUCCACUGAGUGAGGACCGUGCCUGGAAUGUGUGCCGGGAUGUGAUCCUUGGGGUUGAAUAUCUUCACUAUCAGCGGAUUAUCCACGGUGACUUGAAACCGGCCAACCUGCUGCUGUCUGACUCGAGCAGCGUGAAGGUGGCCGAUUUGGGAGUGUGCAAUGAGUUCCUAGGUGAAGAUGCCGCCAUGAACAAUGGCUCCACGGCGGGCACGCCGGCCUUCCGAUCGCCGGAGACGCUCUUUCCCGGUCAGCACGUGUACAACGGCAAGGCGGCCGACAUCUGGGCCUUGGGGGCCACCCUUUAUUCGCUAGUCCAUGGAAAUGUUCCUUUUAUCGCUACUUCGGUUCCUGGUGUGUACGAGAAGAUAAAAUACGACCCCCUCGAAUUCCCCCCAACGAGCACAAUCUCGCCGGAACUGCGAGACCUGAUCGUGUCGAUGCUGGACAAGGACCCCCAAACACGGAUCACGCUUCCCCAGAUCAAGCAGCACAACUGGAUCACCAAACACGGACUGCAUCCGUUGCCGAGUGAGGAGGAGAACUGUCGCCUGGUGCAGAUCAACGACGAAGAUAUGGACUCCGUGGUGAAGAGCAUUCCCAAGCUGGACACGCUGAUACUGAUCAAGACGAUGCUGAAGAAGCACUCGUUUCAGAAUCCGUUUACGAAGGGAAUUUCGGGGAGGGCACCGCAGGCGGGAGGAUCGAGGAUCGAGAGGUUUAGCCGGUCGGGACGGUCCAAUUCGGCACCGGGGGAUUAUCAUACGUCGGAAAGACAACCCUCGAACGAAUCCUUGCUGCCCUCGGUCACCGAGGGCGUUUCCAGUCCCGGCGGUGGCAGUCCCGAGGAGCAAUCCCCCUAUCGGCAGAUCCCGAGCAUCAUUUCAACACCGUCGCAGGAUUCGACGGCCACCGCCGGACCGGAACCGGAACCGGAACCAGUCCAGCCCGAUCCGACACCGGCAACGGAAGCAGCAACACACACAACGAAUUUACCAAAACGCGCUUACUUAGAAGUUCUGCUAUAGAUUCGAUGCUAGUGAUCCUCCUUACCCCAAGCCCUCUUUUAUUCCUACAUUGUUCCCAAAGAGUUUUAAAACGAAAGCAAUCGGUAAGAAACUACUUUUGGUGGAUAAACCGGCUAAGGAAAACGUUUUUUUUUUUUUUUUUGAAAAUAUUUUUGGUUUUCCUUUUUGUGGGACUUAAUUGAUACGACUUAAUCCGUCUGUUAGCUGAAACAUUGAGAUAAUGUUCAAAAGAGAAGAAAAAUGUUACAAUAGUGUUGUAGAACGUUCUUACUUUUAUAAACAUUAAAUUUUACUCGUACUUAUUGUAAAGCAAACAGAAUUUUGACAGUUUUUUGAAUCUGAUAGUUGAUAUAAAAACCAUACGGAAUAGCUUUGAAAAAAAAAUAACUUUUUAAUACAUUGUUGGCACUGAGAGAAACGAAAAAAAAGAGAGGAGAAUGUACAUAUUUUACAUACGGUUUUUGCUCUUUUUAACAGAUAACAAAUUGUAGUGUUUUUAAACGUAGCAUUUAAAUAACAUACAAUAAUGUAUUGACCAAAAAUUGAAUGUAUAAUUUAGACAAGUCAAACUAACUCGUUCGAUAUUAAUUACGACUCGGCUUGGAAAAGCGAGAUCAUAAAUUCAGAAAUAUUACGCUUUAUCAAUUACAAUUAGAUAUUCAACUAAACAAACUAGUAAGAAAAGUUGAUGAGAAGAAGAUGAUGGGUGAUACAGUAGCUUGUCAUUGACACUGAGUCGGAAGAGGAAAUAAGGAAUUUGAAUUUUGCCAAAAUCGCAUCGCUUGACAAGCUACGGAACAAUUUUUCAAAUCUCGUUUUUUGGAUCUUAUGAAGUUUGACUCACUCUAAAUAUUAAACCUAGGAAUACUGACAGAUCUUUGUACUUCGACGUUUGAAAUAUUUCUACUUAGCGCAAACUAGCAUAUAAAGUUGGCAACUUAGUCCAUAAUGAUAGAUUUCCAACCACAAAAGCUUUAACACAAAGAAAUCGACACCUACAUAUAUUUACUAAUACCAUCGUGAAACUUUGAGUUUUGUGGUUUUUUGAGAAGCACAUAUCGGGACCAUUCAGUUAUUUAGUAUCUAUCUUUCCAAAAGCCUACAAAUAUGCCUUGUUUUUCUCACUAUUUAUGGUGCAUUUAAAAUGUAUCCACUAUACAGAAUACUUCUGAACCAAUAAUCUUUCAAAUAUCUAUAAACAAACUAUUCCUUAGUCACUAGGGUAACUUUAAAACUCACAUUCCAUUAACCUUCCAACGCCUAAGGCUCCAAAAAAGUUGGAACGGUAACUCCAACUCAACGGUUCUCGGGCCUAACUCAACCAAUUAAGAUGAUUCUUCUUUCCAGUGAUUUGUUAGGAUGUCAAGAUGAUUUUAGACCUUUGAAGAACUUAAUUUGAUCAAAUCUGUAAUUUUUGCGAUCAAAAACAUCGUUCCAACUUUUUUUUUCGCGUGUAAAA